GCAAUUUGGGUUUCAGUUUAUCUGAAACCUUUCUUUGAGGAAAACGAGGGAAAAGAAAGAACGAAGGAAAUGCUUCUGCGAAGCGCGUCAACACCGAUCCUAAACUCAUGGCUUCCUCACUCGAAGGAGUCGUCGCCGGAAUCCGAAUUGGCUCUUCACAUCCCCAGGAGCAGAUCAAUUACCUUGACGGCUUCUGCUUCUUCUUCGAAUUUGAUGUCUCCCAUUGACGAUUCAAUGAAGAAGAUGACCAGAGCAAUGUCGGAGAGCGAUCUCCGGGAGCUCGCAGUGGUUCCGAAGCCUCCGAAGCGGAAGACUUUAGGUCGAGGUCUGAGUGGGCUGUCCACGAUAUCGGCGGAAGAAGGAAAGGAACAAGAAAUUGGGGUUACCGAGUCUAAGAAUCAAUCUCUCGAGCGGUUGUUCUCGAGCUCUGGUUUGGAUGAAUCUGUGAUGGAGGCGAGCUAUGAAGCAUAUGCAACUGGUGUGUGCCAGGAGGAUAAGGGGUUGGCAACCCUUGUGGGCGGUGGAAUUGGGGGUGAUGGCGGUGGUAGAAGAGGAUCACAUGGUGGGGAUGGAAAUGAUGGCUUUGGGUUUUCGGAUUCCAACCACGGGAAUGAUAAAACUGAAGUUUAUUACCAGAAGAUGAUCGAAGCCAAUCCCGGGAACGGUCUGAUCCUUGGAAAUUAUGCAAGAUUCUUGAAAGAGGUUCGCGGAGACUUUGCGAAAGCAGAAGAGUAUUGUGGGAGAGCAAUUUUGGCGAACCCAGGUGAUGGAAAUGUUCUAUCACUCUAUGCUGAUCUGAUUUGGGAAUCCCACAAAGAUGCUCAUCGAGCUGAGAGAUACUUUGAUCAAGCCGUUAAAGCGGCCCCUGAUGACUGUUAUGUUCUAGCUUCGUAUGCUCGAUUUCUAUGGGAUGCUGAAGAUGAAGAAGAUGAAGAAGAAGGUGAGGAAGAGCAGGAGGAGGAGGAGGAAGAAAAUGAAGCUUAUGGAAUGGUGGGCAACAUGAAUAAAAUAGCAUCACCUACACCAGUCAAUUUCUUCCGAGGAGCAACUCCACCUCUGGCAGCGGCUUCUUAAAACUGGAAUCUGCCACUGAGACAAGAAUCACUGUGUUACUGUGUAUAUGCGUUCCUUUCUCUUCGUCUUCCUCUCGCACUCUCUUCUUGUAGAAACCAUAAAGAGGGAGAGAGAGAGAGAUUUGGCCGGGAGAAACACUACUCAGUAGAAGUCAUCUGACUGUAAAUUUUUGGCUUC